ACCCCUACUCUGUCUGUAGAUGCUAGAUGUUUGUUGUUGAGUUGACUAGACUAAAAUAGUAACUUCACAAAAUUAAUUAGUGUCACUUCACUACACAAACACAAGUUCACUUUUGUCAGUCACUUCAGAAUAAUAAGUGUGAUUAGCCUACACACACUACUCUACACUAGCCUAGACGUCCUGUCUUGAUACUUGAAGGAGAGAGGCUAUUGUUUAUUUUCUUUAAUUAGCUAACAUUUUAUUAACGGCUUACAUUUUUUUAAUUUACCUAGAGAAUUACUAUAGGUUAUUGCUACAAAAUAAUUUAUGUUAUAAUUUACAACUAAUAAAGUCUUUCUGCGUUUUGGUUGAUUGUAGUAAGUUAGAGUGACUUGUAAUUCUUUUUAUACUCAAUUAAUUGAUUAUUUGUAAGAAAAAUAAUUCUCUUUAAAAUGAUACUGGUUCCUCGGCUUUGUUAUAACAAGGUGAAUCAUGUACAAGUUCAAGUUAUCAGAGCUCUGAGCAACACAAAACUAUUCAUUGAUGGAAAAUCAGUUGAGUCUAAAACAAAUGAAUGGAUUGAUCUACACAAUCCAGCAACCAAUGAGGUUGUUACCAGAGUUCCCAAGUCCACCAAAGCAGAGAUGGAGGCAGCAGUGGAGUCGGCUAAAGCUGCAUUCAAGAGUUGGUCCAACACAUCUCCACUCACUAGACAACAGAUCAUGUUCAAGUUCCAGAACAUCAUCAAGGCUAAUAUGAAAGAAUUGGCAGCCAACAUCACCUUAGAGCAAGGCAAGACUCUAAUUGAUGCAGAAGGUGAUGUGCUACGAGGACUACAGGUGGUGGAACACUGCUGUAGCAUGCCAAGCCUACAGCUAGGUGAGACCCUGUCGGGUAUCGCCAAAGACAUGGACCUGGUCUCCUACAGGGUACCACUGGGAGUUACAGCUGGCAUCACCCCCUUCAACUUUCCUGCAAUGGUGCCGCUGUGGAUGUUUCCAGUAGCUAUCACUCUCGGCAACACUCAUGUCAUCAAGCCAUCAGAGCGAGACCCUGGUGCUUGUAUGAUGCUCGUAGAGAUGCUAUCCGAGGCCGGCUGUCCUCCGGGAGUGGUUAAUGUGAUCCAUGGUGCUCAUGAAGCUGUGGACUUCAUAUGUGAUCAUCCGGCCAUUCGGGCGAUAUCAUUUGUCGGCUCUGACCAAGCUGGGGAGCAUAUCUACAAGAGAGGUGCGGCUAGUGGAAAGCGGAUGCAGUGCAACAUGGGAGCCAAGAAUCAUGGGGUGGUGAUGGCUGAUGCCAACAAGGCUCACACACUUAACCAGCUGGUGGGGGCAGCAUUCGGUGCGGCGGGUCAGCGCUGCAUGGCUCUCAGCACGGCAGUGUUUGUGGGUGAAGCCAACAGUUGGUUGCCAGAGCUCAAAGAGAGGGCAGAGAAACUGAAAGUCAACUCAGGCAAUGUGCCAGGCACAGACCUGGGUCCUGUGAUCUCCCCCCAAUCCAAGCAGAGGAUCCUGGGACUGAUACAGUCAGGAGUGGAUGAGGGAGCUGACCUGCUGUUGGACGGCCGGGCUCUUGUGGUCAAGGGCUACGAGAAGGGCAAUUUCGUUGGCCCCACCAUUCUCACUAAUGUUAAGCCAACAAUGAGGUGUUACAAGGAGGAGAUAUUCGGGCCGGUGCUGGUGUGUCUGUCUGUUGACACAUUGGAUGAAGCUAUCAACAUCAUCAACUCCAACCCUUACGGCAACGGAACCGCCAUCUUUACCAACAAUGGAGCCACUGCUCGCAAAUUCACCAAAGAGAUUGAUUGUGGCCAGGUCGGUGUCAAUGUCCCAAUUCCUGUACCUCUUCCAAUGUUCUCAUUCACCGGAUCAAGGCAGUCAUUUAGAGGCGAUGCUCAUUUCUAUGGAAAACAGGGAGUGCACUUUUACACACAAGUAAAGACGAUAACACAGUUGUGGCGAGACUCAGACGUGACGCACAGUAAGGCAGCCGUCGCCAUGCCUGUCAUGCAGUAGUUGGCAACACUGGGUCUGACCAUUGAGUAUUCUACUUGACUGAAAGGAGAGAUUCAUAAUACAAGAAAUGUAUUGGUCAAUAUUAGUUCUAUGAAAUGGCUAAUAUUGAUGUAAGGUAUGGAAGGUUAUAAUUUAAGAGAUCACUUCUGAAGAACGUAUAAGCUGAUUAUGUUUGUGAUCAGUUGUUUAGUGCCAUAUUUAUUAUAAGAGUAUAUUCGCUAGGUUUACCAUUACGUUUGCAGCUAUAGUACAAAGUUUAACUAUAACCUUAUAUUUUUAUUUUAUGGGCAUACUAAGUGGUUCUAAGUGAAAGGUGCUUAUAUUUUUCAAUUAUAAUGGAUAAGGCAGUUGUGUGAGUAGGGAAAUAUGAUGGGUAAAUGAGUUUAUUAGGAAGAUUAAACAGAUGAUGUCAUGUAUAUUAUUUCUAUGUUUAGUACUUUGCUUAAAGUUUAAUUUUUACAAUGGAUAAAUUGAAGGGUUUAUAGGAUUCUUACCAACAUAUUCAAUUCCUAUGUAAUUGUACAUUUCAUUAAUAGUCUCAAAAGUAAUCUGUUAUGGGGUGAAAUUUCAUUUACGCUCGAGGCGAAGCUGAGCAUGGAAAAUGCCAUCGAGCUCUGCAAUACAACUAUUGAGAAAAGUAUUGAAUGAUACUUUUCAUAAUGAUGGAAAAAAGCACAUGAAAUCUUUUAAAAGAUUAUCUGACAUUUCAUAGUCUAUUAGUUAUUCUUCCAUAAGGAAACAUAAUACUAUUUAAUAAUUAAUUUUUGUGUUAAAAUGAGCUGUUUGAAAGUAGAAUUGUCACAAAAAUAAUGGAACCAAUUGUUUAUACAUAGGUUGAAUAUUAUUAUAGUAAUGGUUUUGAUCAACUUAAAAAUUAUUAUUUAUUUAGAAAAUCGGAUUCAAGAAAACAUCCCUACAAAAUUCUUUCCAAUUUAAUAAUAAUUGUGAAAUCCUCUGUCAGCAUGAAAUGUUAAUAUGUCUCUCGUACUCAACUUUAUUAGGAAUGUAUCAACUGGCCUUAAUUUUUUUUUGUUACUGAAGUGGUUAAGUAAUAUAAUGUGCCUAGAAAUAUGAUAGCUCAAAUAUCUAUGAUCAGCCUUAAUUAUUGUAUUGAGUUAGAAGUUAGUCUUUUAGUUAUCCAGCUCCUUCAGAUAGUGUAUUUAUUACAAAUAAUGAAUAUAUGCAUGGAUGUCACAUGUUUUUCAAGUAACAAAUUUUAUUACUGAAGGAAAAUAAUGGAUGAAAUACUGUCAUAUUGGUACAUUCUGACGUGUACAGACCUAAAAAAUAUAAUGAUUGAGAUUUUUUGACAUCCAUAUAAACAUUGUCUGUCAUAGACUGCAAAAAGCAGAAUUUCAUAUUUAAAGAUGAAUGUUGUGUAAUUGAUAAAACAUUAUUACCAUAGGAAUUUGUUCAUUUUGUUCUUUAAUAAAGUAUCUGAAGAAAGGUUAGAACAACUAUCGGCUGUAUAUCUGUGAUCGUAAACUAUAAUAUUUUAUAUUACCAAAUCGAGUUCUAUAUAAAAAUAGCAGGCAAUGUGAAUCUCAAAUAAUACAAUCUUCAAGCUUAAAUAGAACUUGUGUGUAGUACAAAAAAUACAGUAGUCUUCCAAUAACUAAACCACCAAUCCCUUUAAACGAAAAUGUAUAAGAUUGUUACAUGACAUUUUCCAUUGCUGGUUUCUAUUUUCAAGUCUUUCCAUGUGAAAACUGUGUCUUCCAAGGUACCUAGUUGUAUAUUGUAACUGAAGUUAAAUUUAGUGCUGUAUAAAUAAAUGUGAGUACUAUGUGUUAUAACAUAUUUUUGUAUUUUAUUCAAACCAUCUAUUUUAUAAAAUAUGUUGGGUUUACUAUUUAUAUUAUACACAUAGUUUUUACAUCUUGCCUUUAUGUAUAUAAUUGUAUAAGAAGUCUUUUAUAUAUUCUUCAGUAAUUGCUACCACAUACUAAAAUUAUAUAUGUAUAUGUGUGUGUGUGCGCACAAUGUACAUUUAAAAAUGUAAACAAAAGUUUUCUGUAUGACAUUUUGAAUAUAUACAAAUUUACUCCUGGAAACUUUCUAGGAAGAUUUUUCAGGUUUUAUAUCAGUUUAGCUUCAAUUAUUACUUUUAGUAUUUUUCUUCAAACUAGUAGGACUUUUGUUAUUAAAAAUAUAAACAAUAACAAACAAAGUAUGAUCCAAAAUACUUCAGAUUGUAGUAAAGGCAAACUAUUGUGUUAAAUAAAAAAAAACCCAAACUUAAUGAAGCUUCUUGACUUAUUCACUUUUUAAAGAAUUAAAAUGAUAAAUGAAACCAAUUUUAUCAAUUUGUUCAUCUGUUUAUUUAGUACAAAGUAGUUUAAAUCUGUUUCUAUAAGAUAUAUUUUUAUAGACUAAAAGUGAUUUAAGUAAUUAAUAAAAUUAACAUUCCAAUAUAUAUAUUGUUAAGUUUGAUCAAGUCUCAGAAAUGCAACAUUGACUCCCUAAAUCAGAAAAUAAUCCCAUCCAUUAGUAUAUGUAUUGCAAGGAAUCAAACUUACUAUAGACAUUUUUUGAUUAGGCAUUAUACAAACAUUACAUAUCAAAGUGUCAUUCUAAAUACAUUCAGAAUUUUACUGUUGAGGGGGUAUUGUACAUUUUUGAGACACUGUUUAAUUAUUAUUACUCAUUAUUAUUAUUAUUAUUUUUAUGUAUAUUUACAUUUAUUAAUGGUACUGAUCUUAUUUGUCUUAUUUUGUUGUUUGUUCUGUAUAUUGUUUUAUGGAAUAAAUAAAGAUGUUAAUUGUCAAUAAUUGAGUUUGAUAAAAAAUUACCUUCUGUAUUAAAUAAUUAUUUGAUCAUAAAAUAAGCUGGUGUUAAGUAGAUGCCAUUAUAAAACAAAUUUAUACACACUAUGUGUAUGUUCAAAAUUAUUUUUCCACUGAAACUA